AGGGUGGUGGUGACCGGGAAACACCUGAUGCAGUGCAGGUUUUUGCAGGUAGAUCCAAAACAGAGCAUCUUCUAUGGCUCUCCCUGUCAGCAUUUUGUUCUUCUUGAUAUUCUCCUGCUGCCUGGGGAGAAAAGAACCCCGAGAUUAUAGGACAGUCCUCAAAGUGGAAAAUGGAGGACCAUUCGGAGACUGGGGUGAAAUCGAAUUGUGCCCUGAAGGUUAUGCUCGUGGAUUCGCAAUCAAGGUACAGGCACACCAGGGUAUAUGGUAUGAUGAUACAGCUCUGAAUGGCAUUCGCCUCUACUGCACUAAGGGCCAAGUCAUUGAGUCUAAAACUGGGCCGUGGGGAAAUUGGUCGGAGGCUAAGUAUUGUCCCAAAGGGAACUUUAUUUCCUUCGGUUUGAGAGUGGAAAAACCCCAAGGGCCUUUUCUUGAUGAUACAGCAGCCAGCAAUGUCCGGUUCACCUGUGAAGGUGGGCACGUUUUGACGGGCAAGUCACAUAACUGGGGGACUUUUGGCCUAUGGAGUGAUCGCUGCAUAUCAGGCUUCAUAUGUGGGCUUCAGACAAAGGUAGAGGAUAAACAAGGUGUUGGUGAUGACACAGCACUUAAUGAUGCAAGGUUUUUCUGCUGUGACUGA